AUUCUUCUUCUGACCAUUUCAUUCUUCCUCUAUAACAUCCACUUUUGAAAUCUCCUGCAAUCAACAAAACAUAGUAUUUGAGUUGCAAGAGUUUUUUAAAAAAAAGAAACAAAUAAAAGAUGGCAGGAGGUGGAGGAGACCAAGAAACAAAUUUGGAAUUUACACCAACAUGGGUUGUUGCGUUGGUCUGCACUUUCAUAGUUGCUAUCUGUCUUUUUGUUGAAAGAAUCAUUCAUUAUGCUGGCAAGUAUUUGCUCAAGAAAAACCAGAAGCCACUUUAUGAAGCCUUACAAAAGAUCAAAGAAGAGUUGAUGCUGUUGGAAUUCAUAUCUCUGCUUUUGACUGUUUUCCAAGACAGAAUGGUUAAAAUAUGUAUUCCUAAGCACUUGACCAAUAGUUGGCUGCCUUGUAAAAAGGAUGAAGAUGCCAAUCAAACAGUCCACUUUCAGACCUCCUCUGGAAAUUUCUUCUCUUUAAUUCCAGGAGGAAGGCGCCUUCUUGCUGAUUCUGCUAAUUCUGGUUACUGUGAGGCUAAGGUAUGUAUAACUAGUAAGUACUAUUCUUUAUUUGACCUUUGAAAGUACAGACCAUGACUGUAUUAUAUCAGCCGAGUCGAUCCGGUACGUUCUUAUUUAUAGAUAAGGCAAGAGAUAACUUAUGACCUCGCAAUACAAUUCAAAAUUUCGUCUCAUUCAUGUUGGUGAUUUCUGAUAUGAAUUCGAUGGUUCAUCUCUCCUUCCUAUGGGUUGCUCAACCAAUUUAGUGUGUGAGUUUAGGGAAAAGCCAAACCACAUUAAGUAUAUUGGAUGCAGUCUUAUAAUUUCUAGCAAUUGCUUCCACAUUUUGAAUGCAAUUCUUGUGCCAAGGCUUCUCUUCAAUCAAACAAUUUUAUUAGGUCCUGUUUGGAGGGAAAACGAUGUGGGAAAAAAUUCUGACCAAAACUUACUUUAAAAGUUUUUGUCUUUAUUUGAUAGGUUUUACCUCCAAAAAAAAACUAUCAUUUUUUCUUAAAGCGCUUUUUAGGAGUUUUUCAAGUUUAAAAGUUGUAAAAGAAAUUCAAACUUUUGUUUUGGAAAAAACAAUCAAACAAACAUAACUACUGGUACUAGUCUUGAACUAUUUUUUUUGUUCCAAACGCCCAAAUUAUGAAGAAAAAUAAAUCAAACAAAAGUGGAAAAUAAUUGCCAAUCAAGAAAAUAACAGCCCAGUGCAAAUUAUUCCGCAUUCACACAGGGUCCGGGGGAAGGAGCACACUUUAAGGAGUGUGAUGUAGACAGUCUACCGUAAUGCAUGCAUUAAUGGCUUCUUCCACGGCUCAAACCCGUGACUUAUAGGUCACACAUAUACAACUUUAAAAUUGUUCCAAAGCUCCCUUCUAAUUUGCCAAUCAAAGAUUAAUAAAAAUUCUUGCAAUUGGGUUCUAUUAAGCCCUAAGUUGCACGGACUCUUCGAUUUUGGUGCCGUCCCCAUCCCGAUACGAGACGGGAACAGGAGCCGGAGUGGGAUAUGUUCGGAUACUUUCAACUGACUUCGGACACUUCGACCGGAGUCCAUCAAAAAAUUUAGAAAAAAAAUUGAGAUUUUGAUUUCUCGAAAUAAAAAAUAAAACAGAUUUAGGAGAACGGAAGAAUAAUGUCCAUCUUGGAGAAUGAAAGAUUGAAUUCUACAAUAUUCAUGUAAUGUUUUCACAGAAUAUCUCUCAAAAUUUACAAUAUUUUUAUAGUUCUAUUUUUUAUUAGUCAAAUCCCCGCACCCGUAUCCAUAUCUAGAUCUGCAUCCCUGAAUCUUAAAAUUUAGAUUUUGCCGAAUUCGAUACUAGGAUCCGUCUCCAUAUCGGAUACCCGCACCCGAGUUUGAGCAACUUAGAUUAAGAAACAACUUUAUUCCAUAUACUGAUGUUUCUGAAGUUCCUUAUCAUAUGACUUUUGAUGUGUCAUUUUUUAUUGGAUAAUAUUUCAGAUUUUAGAAUGGCAACUCUGAAUUUCUAACUCUUUCUUUUUUUGGAACUUAACAGGCCAAGGCACCAUUGCUAUCUCUUACAACAUUACAUUAUCUCCGUACAUUUAUCUUUGUGCUGACCGUUUCUGUGAUGUCCCAAAAGGUUACCUUAUAUUUUAGAAUUCGAAUUUACGCUCUUAAACCUUAAAAAUCUCAUUUUAAUCCUUCGCGAUUUACGUGCAUAAUGCGGGCAUGUUUCCGGAAAGCUUUAUGUUGAAAAUCGAUGAAAACAAGAAUUUAUGCCUUAAAAAAUUGAUUUUAUUUGAUUUCGGUCAAUAUUUUUGGUAAACAGGCCCGGCU